AUGACAGAAGGCCCCAGGUUGUGCUGGGAAACUCUUAAGAAUGAGGUAGCGGUCGCUACAGAAGGGUCUGUUCAUUGCCAAGUGCUGAUUGGUGUGCGCUCCUUGUCUGUUCGCACCCAGGCUCAACUGAUUGCCAUGGAAGAGGAGACCAAGAUGGCAACAUGGAACGGUUUGCCUGUCGAGCUCAAAGGUCUCAUUCUGGAGCACCUCGCCCUUGGCGCCGUCGCUGAGAGACGCUCCAAAAUAUGGAAGUCCAAGAGCAAGCGUCAUGACAUGGGCAGCUACGCCGUGGUGUGUCAACAAUGGCAGAGAUUCAUAGAAAAGAUCAACUUCAGUACACUCGAGAUCAACUCUGCCAAGGACCUCUCCCGGUUCGAUGAGAUUCUUCAGGAACCCAGCCGUCGCUCUUACCUGCGCCGCAUCUCACUCCGCAUUGAGCUGCCUCGCUAUGCCAAUAAGCUGGCCAAGGUACCCGAGACAGACGCGGAGCAGAACGAAAAUGAGAUUGCAUUUACUCAGGGAAUCUGGAACCUUUUCGACAUCCUCAACAAGUGGACGCCUUUGGGCCAGGCUAUCGAGUUGGAGCUGAGCGCCGCUUCGCCCAGCGAUAAGAACAAGUACUUUGGCGAGAUGGGCUUAGACCAGGGCGGCAACUCACGCUUCUUUGACCACGACCUCGACUUUUGCUUCAUCACCGCCGGCUGUGAACAGGUCGGACGACACGGCCUCCCCGAGGUCUCGGUCAUCAACAGCUGCCAGAUUCUACGCCGCAACCACCGCAACAUCUCAUCUCGAGCCUUGCUCAGCAUUAUCUCAAGUCUGCCCAAGCUUGAGGAAGUCCGCUUUGAGCCCUGGCAUCAAGUCGACUUGGAGGCACAGCUAGAAGUCGACUCAGAUUAUGCCCGUACUUUCCCUUUCUGGCCAUCCCACAUCAAGCGAAUCAGCAUCUUUGAGCAUUUCGAUGCUUUCAAUGAUGGCCCGGAAGCCGAAUGGGAGGAUGCCGAAUCUGUUGACGAUAAUGACGCGGAUGCAAACAGUGUGAACACCGUUCCUCUCGUCCUAGACGAUGCGGAAGAUGCAGGCGACGUUGCCCGAACCUCUUGCCCCAGUCUUGGUCACAACUUGGGCUUUCUCAGUCUACAAGCCGAGGAGAUGGCCGUCUCAAAUGUCUCUGACGCGACGGCCUUUUUUCAAGGCCUCCUUGCACGCAAACCCGUCUGGAACAACCUUCGCCGACUUGCACUUACGUCCCAUACGAUGAUUGAUGGCAUCGACCACGAGACUGUUAACAGCGUCCUCCGUUCGAUCGCCAACGCCGCAAAGCACAUGCCAGCAUUGCAAGUGCUGGAGGUUUACAAGACCGACCAAUUUGGAGGUGCCGUCUUCCGCUACACCGUCGAGACGUUGUCGACAACAGCGUCGUGGGAGAGCACCUGGGACUUUCACGUAAGAGCUGAUGUGAAGGCUGCGUGGGCUGAGGUGGCUAAGAAGAACACUCCCCACAACCUGACCUUUCUCCCCGAGAUUCGCCAGAGCGACUAUCGAGGUCCGUAUGUGUUCUUGGACCAGAACUUGAAGACGAGGGAUCUCAUCCUACACCCGGCGUCGUUGGAGGAUAUGCUGUCGAAGAAGCUGGAUAAGUGCCAGGCUUGCAACGGAUUCUGUGCCGACCCUAAGAGCGAGGAACAGGUCUGGGGUUCUACGAGGGGCAACGACGCUUGA